AUGUCUGGAGCCAACAGCUCCAGUCUGACCCCAGGAUUCUUCAUCUUGAAUGGCAUUCCUGGGCUAGAAGCUGCACACAUCUGGAUCUCCCUGCCAUUCUGCUUCAUGUACAUCGUCGCUGUCAUAGGGAACGGUGGGCUCAUCUACCUCAUUGGCCAUGAAGAAGCUCUGCAUCGGCCCAUGUACUACUUCCUGGCUCUGCUCUCAUUCACUGAUGUCACUUCAUGCACUACCACUGUACCAAAUAUGCUAUGUAUAUUCUGGUUUAACCUCAAGAAGAUUGGUUUUAGUGCUUGCUUGUUCCAGAUGUUUUUUAUACACACACUGACGGCAAUGGAGUCUGGGGUGCUUAUGCUCAUGGCCCUGGACCGCUAUGUGGCCAUCUGUUAUCCCUUACGCUAUGCCACCAUCCUCACCAACCCUGUCAUAGCGAAGGCUGGUCUUGCCACCUUCCUGAGGAGUGUGACGCUCAUCCUGCCUUUCACCUUCCUCACCAAACGCCUGCACUAUUGCCAGGACAAUCUUAUUCCUCACACCUACUGUGACCACAUGUCUGUGGCCAAGGUGUCCUGUGACAAUGUCAAGGUUAAUGCUAUUUAUGGUCUCUUGGCAGCUCUCCUAAUUGGGGGCUUUGAUAUGUUUUGUAUCUCAGUGUCUUACAUAAUGAUCUUGAAGGCAGUCGUGAGUUUGUCAUCUGCAGAUGCUCGCCACAAGGCCUUCAGCACGUGUACUUCCCACAUAUGUGCUAUAGUCAUCACAUACGUUCCGGCCUUAUUCACUAUUUUUACUCACCGUUUUGGGGGACAAAACAUUCCUCACCACGUGCAUAUCAUUAUUGCUAAUCUCUAUUUGAUGUUACCUCCUACUCUCAACCCCAUAGUUUAUGGAGUCAAGACCAAACAGAUCCGGGAAGGAGUUGUCAAAAUGUUUUUUAGGGAGAAAGAGAACUUAGUUAUGAAAUAG